UUCGUCUCGAUCUUUCCCAUCGAGCAUCGGUGACCACCAGGCUACAUAUUCACAUACACUGCACGAUUCGCUUGGAUCGGCGCAUACAUUAUCCAGAGAAUGUCGUCAACUCGUCAAGUGCUUACCAUCGGCGGCCUCUCUUUCCUGACCGCCGGAUUGACUUAUUGUCUGUACUUUGAUUACAAGAGACGGAAUGACCUGGUGUUUCGCAAAGAGCUUCUUAAAGAACAACGUCGACUGAUCAAGAAAAAUCAAACCCAAGACAGGAAUGCCUCCCGCGAGUUGGAGAAAAUGCUCGAAGCUGCCGUCGCUACCAUCAAUUCUGAGCCACUUCCAACGACUGUCGAAGGCAAGGAGAAUUUCUUUAUGGAGCAAGUCGGAAUCGGCGAGAUGCUGGCCUCAAAGAUGCCCCGGGGCGCCAUGCCAGCAGCCAUCGCCUUUUUCAAAGCUUACAAGGUUUACCCGUCGCCUGAAGAACUACUGGUCAUCUACCAACGGACGAUGCCCCCUGAGAUCUUUGCAAUCAUUAUCGAGAUGAUCAAAUUGGACGUCAACCGAGUCGUUAAUUCCGCAAAGAAUUCCUAUCGAAGUCAAGGCAAUCGUCCCCAGUCUCGCUCGGAAGGACCAGUGAUCGAAGAAAUCACUGGUGACGAACGUGCACUGAUCGACGCUCUGAAAUCGGUUGGCGCCUCUCCACCCACUUCAGCGUCGGCAAAGCCGGCUUCCAACGAGUCCAAAGCACCCUCUCCCGAGUCUCCAGCUCCCUCUGCCGAGUCCAAACCACCAUCCGCCGAUGCCCCUAAAUCAGCCACACUCUCCAAGAAUUCAUCAGGUGAACCUAAGACAGGGAGCCCCUCGGCACCACCCUCUGAAAACGGAAGCGCCACAGGCGCCAGCCAAACAGCCAACAGCUUCAUCCUAGUUGACGAUGAUUACCCUGCUCAUGGCAAUACCUCUGAGCACAUCGCCAAGCCAUCUGAGCCCGAAAAUCCGUCCCAAGACGACUUCCACAGUCCAAACCAACCUCAGGAAGAAGCUUCCCAAGUGUCAGAGAAGGAAAACGUCGAUGAUCAACCAGAGCAGAAUACCACAGCACCUGCAGAAGCUUGAAAAAAAGGCGGAUAGUCUCAAGCCCAGUCGACCUAAAUAGACUUCGGAGAUUCCCGAGCUUGAUAAUGUUUCCUUAUCCGUAUGUUUCAUGUUUUACAUGGUCCUGGACCACAAUUAAACCAACGAACCCAUCUGUGUGUAGCUUCCUCCAACAAGCGAGUUGUGAUAAAACAUGAAAAAUGGAUCUCCAUAUAUCUAUUUUCUCUGAGCCCAUUUUUCUUGUCAGAGAAUCUGCCCCAUGCUCCACUUUCGAUAUCAUAUUUUCUUUUGAUAGUGAAAGCUCUGAAAUUCCUGAUUUUUUUUUAACACGGUCAU